AUGAUGACGUCCAGCUCGCCUCGCGAGCACGCGUGCCGCUGCCUGAAUGUGCGAAUACGAGUGACGGCCGAGUCUGGAUCUGGAUCUGAGGGAUACGUGCCCGCGCGCUGCGCCGGUGGGCCGACGGUCGCCCACAGCCAGUUGACGAUCCGCUUGCGCUCGCGUGCUCGGAGCGGCAGGAAGAAGCGGGAGAGUGACAGGACGCUCGAGCGAUAUAUGACCCUCCGCUGCGCCGUGUGCGCCACCGAUGUCUAUCGCGUCAAGCAGACCAUUCCGGUCGACAUGGACGCCGAGGCCGGGCCGGUGGCGCCGAGCGAGGACUGGGUCGAGGACGAGCCUCUGAUGGAUCGGGAGGGAAGGAUCGAGCUCAACGCCGCCCGGUGCUUGGACGCAAAGGCGAUCCAGAGCGAUAUAUCCUUGGGGCUGCCUCCGCUCUUCGCCCCGGCGCCCUUCACACCGUCCCAUCCCGUCUUCGCGCACCUCGCAUCGGUCGCCCAGGAGCGCUCCCAGGCACUGCGCAAUGACGCACAGGCCAAACUGGCGCGCAUGGCCGCAGACUUGAAAGCGGACGUCACCCGGGACGAGACGGCGCUCCGGCGGGAGGUCGAGGCGCUCUGGCUAUCGUUCAACAAUUCGCUCUCCGACGCCACUCCACUCGCAAAGGCGCCCGCAUCUGUCACAAUCCCAUCUCCGGAACCAAGAUCGCCUGUUCGUGAGCGAGAAGCUGGCUUUGCGCCUACCCCGCGUGUUUCCCCCCCGGCUACCCCAUCGGCGCCUGGUCGUCCGCAGUCAGCGCUCUCCGCCUCACUCUCAACAUCCGCCUUCCAUCAUCCACGUGCAUCCGCUUCAGGCUUCAGCACUGUCAAAGUGCCUCACAGCCGUUCAAUAUCGAGCCCCGGCGUCGCUUCGGACGCCACAUUCGUUGAUACAGAGGCCGUUCUUCGUGGAAGCUUCCGUCGCAAUCUCGACCAGGACAAGGAUGUCGCAGCCAGCUUCAAAUACACGCUUGAUCUCGGUGCCGAGAUCGCUGCUCGGAAAGAGGCAUCCAGGCAACAAUCCCAGUCAAGAUCACCGCCAUCUCAGCCGCCCAGCAAACAAGCUAUCGCAAAGAGCCCACCGCCAAAACGCGCAAGAACAAAGGAGCCACCGACGCCUGACGGCAAGGAUACGAGUCCGAAGAACAAGGUCAAACGCAAGGUCACGUUCGCAGACGGCGCCACCGCAGAGGAAGUUCACAAGGCCGAAGAACACAAUCUUACAAACGGGAACGGCGUGACCCCACAGUCAAUUGACGACGAGAUCAUCUUUGACCUGGAAGACGAAACGGAAGACUCGUCGCCCCGCCCACCCGCGACUCUAGCGUUGAACGAACCUCCCACGCCGCAUCUGCCGCAGCGCCCGCACCCGCAGAAGCGCUCGUCCUCCGGCGGACUCCCCGAGUCCUUCUCUCGCCUCCGUCCCGCCUCGUUACCCGCACCAUCACCGCUUCGCGCGUCGUCACCGCAAACGCCGACUGCACCGCUUGCCAUGUCGCCCGUCACAGAUAUGCCCAGAUCGAGCUUGGCUCAUACGCCCAAGACAAAUGUCGAGAGCAAUGGUGAUGGUCGGAAACCGGAACCGGAUAUGAAUGUGGACGUGAUUCCCGCCCCGCUCAGUUCACGCGAGGAAGAGCUGGCAAAACUUGUCGCAGCCGGUACACCGUCUCAUCGCGCUGCGUGGCGCAAAGACAGUGCUGCCUGGUCCGUCUUCUCAGGCAGACGCCGCCCAGACAAUGCCGCAGCGCGGGAUCUACUCUCCGAAGACGAAGAAGAGGGUGAAGGCAAUGAUGCGCUCAGCGCGCUGCCACGCCGGAUACCAGCUCAUUCCGGGGAUGAUACGCGCACAGGCCCUGCUAUAGCUGCAUCUUUGCCUGUCGCUAUUGGUCCGGUACGUCCUGCGAACACUGGUGCAGGCGGGGUUGGCAUGACAUAUGCACCCAAAACGUCGCUGGGGAAUCGCUAUGGGGAGCUCGUCCCGCCACUCAUCGCUCGCCAUGCGGCUUACGCUGAACGAGAUCGCGCGCGGGGCAUGGAUCCGGGCGCGCUCGACUUCGUCUCGGGCAGCGAUGAUCUCAAUAUCGAUGUUGAUACCGACUCGGAUUUGGGAGAAAGUUGGGGAGAAGAGCAGGAUGCGAGUCGAGGAAGGCAAAACGCGUUGAGGAUCUUGAAGGCCAGGAGCAAGCUGCCCAGUGAAGGAAUUGAGAACGCUUCAACCGUUGGUGCUGCAGCGUUACAAUCCCCAUCGACCCUUGUGUCCAGGGACUGCCUAUCAUUCUUUGUGUAUAAAACUGAGGAGUUCGGGCCCAUAGAGCUGCUCACCCUGCAUGUGUCAAGAGCGGAGCCGCCUGCC